UGCAGCUGUUAAAAAUCCCAGCUCGAAAAUCGGUUGGAAAGUAAGUCAGCUGACCAGGAAAGAACUUUGCUGCCAAAUGAAGUUUUGUUUGCAGAGAAGACCUUCAAGUUUAAUCUCCGGACUCUUCAGGGAUGAGCCUGCCCUUUUCUCCCUUGUCUUCACCCUCUGAGUACCCUGGAUCCUGCCUGUGAAGAUGGACCAUACAGAGCCUGUGCUUCCCAGCGUCAACUCAUCCUAUCUUCCACCUUUAUAUGACCAACAAAACCUGAGUGAGGAUGAAGAGAGUGACGACAUCAGUCCCUCUGCAGCCCUUCUUCCUAAGAUUUCCUCAGCGCCUCUGGCUGUGCGCUGCAAUCCAGAGGACUCGUACAAACUGGUGUAUGUCACCUUUUUUCUGAUGGGUAUUGGCUCCCUGCUGCCCUGGAACUUCUUCAUAACGGCAAAGCAGUACUGGCUCUACAAGCUUAGCAACAGCACUGACCAGAAUGAUCAUUCCACUUCCAUUGACUACUUUGAAAGUUACCUGUCCAUUGCUUCAGCUGUGCCUUCCGUCCUGUGCCUGGUACUCAACUAUUUUCUUGUUAAAAGAUUGUCUCCUAAGGUUCGAAUCCUGUCCUCCCUCAUCCUGAUGCUGUUGGUGUUCGUGGUGACCACGGCGCUGGUGAAGGUGGACGUCUCAGAAUACAGGAAGGAGUUCUUCGUUGGCACACUUACCAGUGUUGCUGUGGUCAGUGGAGCCUCCAACAUCUUCUGUGGCAGCGUGUUUGGGAUCAGUGGCUAUUUUCCAAUGAGGAUCUCUCAAGCCCUUAUAUCAGGACAGGCGAUGGGGGGCACCUUGACUGCACUAGCAUCGAUAGUGACCCUAGCUGUGGCUGAGGACGUGACCACUAACACUCUGUUCUAUUUCCUGACAGCAGACGUCUUUAUCCUGCUCUGCAUUAUCGCGUUUUUGCUUUUGCCAAAGUAUGCAUAUUCAAGGCACUACAUGCUGGCAGCGACCUGCAUCAGUCCCGGGACGCUCAGUGACGAGCCGAGUCCAGCAGGCGGAGUCCCUCCGCUGCAGCCCAUAAUUAAGAAGGCCGGGGUGCUUGGCCUCUGCGUCUUUUACGUCUUCUUCAUCUCAAUCUCAGUAUUCCCUUCCGUCUCAUCGGGAAUCCAGUCUAUGAACACGGACAGCGGCAGCCCCUGGGCAACAACUUAUUUUGUACCUCUGACCAGUUUUCUCCUUUAUAACGUUGCCGACUUUAGUGGCAGACUGAUGACAGCCUGGGUGCAGAACCCUGGCCCCACCAGUCGGAUCCUGCCGGUGCUGGUGCUGUGUCGCACCGUGCUGGUGCCACUUCUCAUGUUCUGUAACUACCAGCCACGUGACCACCUCCAUACUGUGCUGUUUCCCCAUGAUGUUUACCCUGUGGUCUUCAACUGCCUGCUGGGUCUCUCUAACGGAUACUUGGGUACCCUGCCGAUGAUCUACGGACCAAAGGUGGUUCCCCGGGAGCUGGCCGAAGCCACAGGCGUGGUCAUGUCCUUCUUCCUCGCUCUGGGGCUGGCUGUUGGAUCUGCGUUUUCUGUUCUUCUUGUGCAUAAUAUCUGAACCAAAGCUAUAAAGCUUUGUACUUAAGGAAAACACUACAGCCUUUAUUUUCACUGGGCUACCAGAUAUCAAUUCCUCUGUACCUCAUCUGGUUUCCAGUGUCGUCUCAAUCCUACAGUAAUUACUGCCAAUUCCAAGAACUGAAGUAUGUGUGCAAUUUGACAUAUUGCAGAAAUUAUACACAAGAUAUGGAGGAGAUGAAAGUUUGGGGUAAGAAAUAACUGAAACGCUUUUAGAAUUUUAAUAUGAACAAUGUAAAAAGAUUACAUUACAUGAUAGGUUUAUGUAACUAUGUGCUGCACAGUGUUUAGUGUGUAGCACAAGUACAGUUUUGCUGAAGAUUGCUUUUAUUUUAAGCUAUCUUGAUUUGUCAUUUCUAUGGUGCUAAUAUUUCAUCAAUUAAAUCAGCUUAUUGGGGAUUUGGAAGAACAAUUAGGCCUUAUUCUUCCAUGUGAUCUCAGGCUUUGAAACUUCUUCUAAAUAUAGUGGUCAUAAGAAAAUAACUCCAGAAGCUAGUGCAUAUGCAAGCUAAUCUUGUUGACUGACCUUGACGUCAACCCAUUACCAGCUGUGACUGGCAUCUUUACAAGGGGCUUUUUGCACAUUUUGUACCAAAAUUUCUCCUUAGGACAAGGAACCCAUCCCCUUCUUGUUUUCUUCUAGUAUUAAGUGUGUGCAAAUUGUUAGUGAACUGAGCACAAGGAGUCAUUUAUCUACCAGCAAGGUAGAAUGUUUAAACCUAAUCAGUACUUGUAUAUUUGGCAGAUUUUCAGUUUAACAUGUGUUGACUUUGCAUUUUCUAGUCAUCUGACAGUACUCCCAUCUUCAAUUAUUGUGGCAGAACAUGGUUUUCACUUUGACUUUCUGUGAAACUUGAUAAUUGGUAUGUUUGAAAUCAUGUAUGUACAGAUACUUAGCUUUGGUAAGCAAAAUGCCACUAAACAUGACUGUACAAACUUUGUAAAUAUAUUUUAAAAAAUG